AUGGUCAAGAACGAAAAGCUGUAUCUGUUCAACGUUGUUGAUCAAUCACUGAAAUUCGAGGUUUUCUUUUUCCAGUAUGCUUAAUUUAAGCUGUAUUUUAGGCAGUGGUUCUUGCACUAUCGGAUGUACACGACGUCCUUGUCUUCCAACUGACAAAUACAACCUUCCCAUGUUACCCUGCUAACUAUGGUGCCUUGUAUCGAGGAAAGGAAUACCGGCAGCUCGGAGUUUCCAUGCGUAGGGAACCAACCUGGAAGAGCGGAUGUGUAUCAGACCAAAUGAGUAUGUCUGAUUUCUUAACUUUACAAAUGUUAAUUGUUUGAUUUAGAAGGAUGGUUCAUUGGAUCUUCUCAUGGACGGAAUGGGGAUUCCGGAUCUGCUAUCCUUGAUAACUCCGGCCGCUUCCUUGGGAUGUCCGUCGGCAAAAAGGCGUUCUGCUUCGAAGACAAUGGGAAGAUGGACCUCGCCGAGGUGGCAGAUCAUUUCACAGACACGCGAAUAAUUUCCUCGGAAUUAAUUUUUGGCAUUGCGGGAAUUAUCGACGAUGAAGUAAGUUGAUUUAGUUAGGGACUUGGUUAAAUUGUUAUGUUUCAGUUCCAACCGCCCAAACAAAAACUUCCUCAUCUGGAGUGA